GCGACACCAAUAACACUAAUAAUGCACCCUCCAGCAAAAAAACCAAGAAUAAAAAGAAGUCUCUAGCCGUAACUACUUCAGAGGAUGUUUCACCUUCACGUCAAGAACCACUCUCUCCUACUACACCAGCUCCUGACACUGGGGAUGGUGGUAUUGAGAACGUGAACAAGAAUCCAUACAUCGAAGUGAUUAAUAAAAGGAUCAGAACCUUGAAGAAAAAGUUGAACAAAAUUGAGAAAGUUGAAGAAGUCAUUAGGAACAAUCCCGAAGCAAGAAGUCAAUUAAAUCCUGAUCAAAUUCAGUCAUUAGAACGAAAAUCCGAGGUCACGAGUACCCUCAAGGAAUUAGAAGAAAUCGUAAAACAAUUCGAGAAAGAGGAUAUCAAGAGUCAAAAAGCUCAACAACAGGAACGCGAACAGGCUAUUUCUAGUGCAGUGGGAGAAGUCAAAGCCGUACACUCACAAUACAUUAUAAGCCUUGUUAAAUUUUUCCGCCUUGUUCAACUUCAUAAAUCGGGUGCUACUCGAUUGAACGAAGUCGAAUCCGAAUCCCUCGAAACCCUUCAGACCUCAUUUUUCAAUAUAGCCGAGAGUUCCAAAGAUGAGCAAGUUGGCGAGCAACGAACUCUGGAAAUUCUGGAACAUCUUAAAAAAUUACACCUCGGUGAUGAAAAAAAUAUCAGUAAAUCAAAUGGAAGUGAAAUAACCUAUCUUCAUAUUCGUUCAUUAAUUCAAUGUCCGCCAAUAAACACCGAAGAAGAGGCGGAGCAUGAAAACACAGAGGCGAGAGAAAUAGUCAUCAAUCAAGAGGAAGGGACAAACCAUCACGAUGAUAAUCUUGGCGAUGUAUACACGAUUCCAGCCGGUGGCUUGCAGUUUAUGUUGUCUCAUGAUGAACCUUCAUCUCAAGAUCCAGCAGUUAAUCAGAACAUUGCCAUUUACCAGUACACUAACACAGGUGACGAUCAACCCAAUCCAAUAGUUACAGAUAAUAACGAUAUUCAAGAACCAUAUCAGAAGCAACAGACAUUCACCGAGACGUAUGUGACGCAAGAAUAUACGGUAGAACAACAAGAUUUUCCUACUGAUCAAACCGAUCAAAACCAGUUCUCCGCUGAUCAGCAACAAGAACAAUCGGUGAAUUUUCAAGAGCAAUCUAAACAGGUCACCGAUGACCAAUCUGAUGCUCAACAACCACCGAAGUCGGCUUCUCAACAAUAUGAUCAACCACCGCCACUUUCACGUUCUUCAAGUAACCGAGGCCGUGGUUAUCGAGGCAGGGGUGGACAUCGAGGACAAGGGCCGAAUUUAAGGAGAGAUAGUAGGGACGGAAAUUAUCGAAAUGGUGGGCAUGGCGGAAACUUCCGCGGUGGAAAUCGUGGCGGUGGUGGCGGUGGCAAUGCUUACUCUGGUCGGGGUAGGAGUAAUGGAUAUCAUCAAGGUGGCCGCGGUCCAAACAAACCACGUUCUCAAUAA